AUGAGCGGUCAUAUUGGGAAGAUAUCUGGGAAGUUGUUUCUUGAUGGGCAAUUUGCUACGUUGGCCGAUCUAGAGUCUUUGGACCAGCUUGAAUCCGAGCUUCUGGAGAAGGAGGAGCGGUUGAACAUUGACAUCACUGAAGCACACAAUGAAGCCUCCAGUUUGCUUGUACAACAUGCACAGGCAGUCCACGACUCGGUUGAAGAGGGUGACAAGAAAUCAAUCAUUGCGGCACUGGAAGACCUCAGCAAGCAUGAGCUGGUCGACACCAACAAGGAUGUACAGACUGCAAUCAAGAAAGCCGAGAACCUGGCAUCCUCUGAACACCACAUCGGCAACCUCCUGUCUUUGCAACAAAACUACAACACUUCAACGGAAACCGAUUCAAGUGCCAGGAUCAAAAGCGCAAUUCAAGAAUAUCUGGAAUUGAACCGCAGAGAUGUUCCUACUGCGGUGGAAGCUUUACAUAAGCAAUGGAGGAAAAAGCUUCAGAGGUCCGCGCACACUGAGCUUCAAAGACUUUCGCAGGAGGCAGAAGAGGAGCUGGUGAACUGCCAGUACCCUUCAAAGGAGUUUCAGCCAUCAGAACGGCUGCUAUCGACUCUAGAAGAAAUGAUAUUCCUUGACAGCUCUCUUAGAACCCAGUCGACAGCUGACCCCCAAGGGGUGCCGCUGCAGGCUUUCUUGGUUUUGACUGCGCCUUAUGAUAUCAGAUUACGGUUCCAUUUCGAAGGAAACAAAGAUACGAACCAACCUGACAAGCCUGAAUGGUUUUAUUCUUACUUUCUAGACAUUGUUGAGGAGCAGGAAAACUUCUUGCAGGAACACAUGCAACCUCUGUUGGGUGACAGCGACAAAGUAGCUCUCAAUGAGUUCAUCUGUGCAUUGAUUCCAUCGGCAAUCCGCAAAGCCUCGGUGUUGUUCGAUGCUCUCCGUGAUACAUCUACAGAGCUAUCCCAUCUCCUCUACGAAACAGUAGUGUUUGAGACCGCUCUUAAAGAGCGUUAUUUCUACAGCCCCAACAGAGGAAACUGGGUGGGAAUUUCAGGGUCUAUUCUCACGCCUUCGAGGUUUGAUAUUUGGCUCAAUGUUGAACGAAAUUUUGCGGUUUCGCGGUUUCACGCUAUUAUUCAGCUUCCCGACGCUUGGGAAAUUGACUUUGAUGGCGUGGAAAGAGGUGCGACCAAACCAACGAAGAGUGCGCUAAUGGUCAAAGAUCUGCUGGAGGGUGUCACUGACCACUACAGAAGUCUGGCUAGUGUCACAUACAGACUCAAGUUCUUGAUAGGUAUUCAGACGACAAUUUUGGAUCUUUAUCACGAGCAACUGCAUGAACAAAAUCUGCUUCUGGAAUCGAACAUAUCUCUAUUGUCGAGGGCUCUUGUGGGAGCCGCUGAUAAACAGAAAACGGGGGGAUCAGAGGGUAUCUGGAGGGUGUGCAGAAUUUUUGGAAGUGCGAAGUUCAUGAUAGAGACCCUCCAAGUUUGGGGUGAGGACGUCUUUUUUCUGGAACUUUGGCGCGAUAUAACCUCUCUCAACAACUCCUCGCGAAAAGAAGGUGGUAUCGACAAUGAUGCCAUGCAGACCUCCGCUACGCUACCCACGGAUGAAAGCGACGAGGGAACCCUGUUCGAUGACACCAUCAAAGGAUAUACGUCUUUACAGGACCGUGUGUACCAGACUGCAAAGGCAUUUUUGGAGAAGCGAAUGCAGGAUGGAAUGAAGGAAUACUUCAAGCUGAACGACUGGUCCAAGAACGUUGAUUAUCCUGACCCCGAAAAUGUGCCGCCCAGCUCCCAGCUGUCUCUUCCUAUUCAGACGAUGGACAAAUAUCUUGGAAUUAUGAGGAAGUGUCUAUCUGCAGAAGACAUGUAUCAGAUCCUCAAGGACUUCUCAAAGGUUUUGUCUGAGUAUUUCUCUCGACAAGUUAUCAUGGUGAAUACAUUUUCUGCAGCUGGUGGCCAACAACUCAUAAGUGAUGUCCGAGAAAUGUGGACUCGCCUGGGGUUGCCGCAAGACCAGGAGUAUCAUAGAAUCUAUGAGAGUGCUGGACUGCUUUCUAGUAGGGAUUUCAAGCCAUCACACCUUGAUGGUGCCACAGUGAAAUCAGUCGUCAGGCGAAGGGCAUGA